AGUUCUGCACCCGGAUUGAUUGACGACCACGCGUGCAUUGCAGGGAUCUCCGUCGGGCACGGCGAAAGGAAUUGUACAGAGGGUAUUACUAUUUUUAUUUUUAUUCUUAUUUUUCGCUGGGAAUACUUAGUUGUUUUCCCGGCAUGCAGCUCCCUCUUCUCAGCGGCCUCUUGGCUGUGGGAUUCGUGCCUUCACCCACUGCAGCCGCUUCAUCCAUCCCCGGGCAGUCGUCCUUCGUGGCGCCUGAAGGCUUUCCAACUACCGCGUUCUCCUCAUACUAUAUUCUCCCCGCAUCUCCAACUCAGGAACCGCAGCCGAUAAUAUCGGACCCGGUAUUGCACACGGUCUACCCAUUCGAAUUAACAGACCCCACCAACUUUCCCACCGUCAAUUCGGAUCCCGUGGCAUAUCCCCCAGCAAGGAAGACUCUAUCCCAUGCGCAAGCCAAGGACCUUAUCAGGGAAACCAUUGCUAAUGUGACCGAAGUGAUCAAGUCCAAUAGCUCGCUGAGUAGUUGUCAAAGAUGCCAGGCUGCUUUGGCUGCCGCCCAACCAGCGGCCUGGUAUGCACCAUCUUUCGUCCCCGGCGCCAUGGUAUCGCUGUGUGAAAGCUUCCACUUUGCCUCUAAUUCAUCGUGUCAGUCGUCGUAUAAUGCGACCAAUUUUGGCGCAAUCUGGACCCAGGUCCUGUAUUACGCAAAUGUCACUGGGCUCGAUGGAGAGUACAUCUGCCAUGCGAUCAACUCGAGCUACUGCAGUCGUCCAUCGACGAGCCCUCUGAACACAGAGAAUCUUUUCCCCAAACCAAAGCCGGCCAAUGCUACGGCUCGCGUCCCCAAGGCCAGCGGGGAGCGCGUCAAAGUUUUGCAUAUGUCUGACCUACACCUGGAUGCACGAUAUUCAGUGGGUGCUGAAGCCAACUGCUCAUCCAGUCUAUGCUGUCGGGCCAAUAACCCGAACACUGCAUCGCCUGACCAGGUCCUCCUGUCAGCAUCCCCCUAUGGCGAGUUUAAGUGCGAUAGUCCUUACGAUCUAGCGCUUGCGGUUCUGCAGGCCGUCGGUCCUCUAACUGGGACUGGAAAGGGAAGGGGGCAAGAGUCGCUGGGGUGGACCCUAUAUACGGGAGACCUGGUCUCUCAUGACCCUGAGCCAGAGCUCUCGCAAGCAUACGUCGAAUACACCGAGACUAGCGUUUUUGAGAUGUUCAAGCUGUACCUCACUGGGCCCGUCUUCGCAGCCUUGGGAAACCAUGACACCAGCCCAGCCAAUAUGGACGCUCCGCAUAAAUUGGGAGGCACAGUUGGAGCGGAGCUCAGUUGGAAUUAUGAUCACGUUGCUGGACUGUGGCAGCAUGAGGGAUGGAUUGAUGCGGAGACCGCCCGUACUGCUGCCACGCACUACGGUGCAUACUCAAUCAAGAACCACUAUGGUCUUCGCAUUAUCACCCUUAACACUGAUUUCUGGUAUUCGAGCAAUUAUCUCAAUUUCAUCAACGCUGAAAACCCCGACAACUCGGGGAUCCUGGCGUUUCUAAUCGAGGAACUCCAGAAAGCAGAGGAUGCCGGUGAGCGCGUCUGGAUCAUGGGUCACGUCCUGAGUGGCUGGGACGGCACCAACCCGAUCCCCAACCCGACAAACCUCUUCUAUCAGAUUGUCGACCGAUACUCGCCGCACGUGAUUGCUAAUAUCUUCUUCGGCCACACCCAUGAGGACCAGUUUAUGAUCUACUUUGCUAAUAACGGAACCGUGCAAAGUGCCGACACUGCUCUGACCACCGGCUGGAUCGGACCCAGUGUGACACCGCUGACGAACUUGAACAGCGGAUUCCGACUGUAUGAAGUGGACACGGGCGACUUCAACAUAUACGAGGCCUACACCUUUGUCUCCAAUGUGUCUUCAUUCUCAUCACUGAACGGGACAGGCCCGACUUACAGCCUGGAAUAUUCAACACGCGAAACAUACGGACCUGCUGUCUCAUGGGGUGCCGACGAGCCUCUCAACGCAACGUUCUGGUUCCAAGUGACAGAGGCUAUGGCGAAGAAUAUCAGUCUGGUCACUCUACAGAAUACCUACCAGGGAAAAUCCAGCACACAGAGUCCCAACUGCACCAACACUGCCUGUCAAGAAGCACGAAUCUGCUACAUGCGCAGUGGAAGCGUUGCAUUGGGAAGUCAAUGCCCACAAGGAUACGGAUCGGUCCAAAGCGCAUUCACUUAAAGUAGAUAUGCGAAUCGUGCUUUGUCCCUUUCAGGGAGGUAGAUAGAUAGAAAGUCUCCUAAAUAGAAUUCUACUUAGCUUUCUUUUUUGGAGAGGAGAAACCUUCUCUUUUCAAUCCCGAUCUUGCUAUCCGUUCCAAGUAUAUGCUGU